UUUCAUUGUAAGAAAUAAACUUUCAAGGAGUAAACUUUGUGCGUGGUCAUUUACGAUCUUGAACAACGCUCCGAGCCAUUCCCGCAUUUGCUCCGUUCCAGCCAUAAGAUGCUCGGCUUCCUGCGCGCUCCCACCCGCCGUGCGGCGCUCCUGUCGCGUCGUCAUGCCUCCACCGAGAGUCUUCAGUGGGCUGCUGCCAUGAACAAGCCGCUGGCCGAGUCGGACCCGCAGCUGUUCGACAUCAUCGAGCGCGAGAAGCAGCGCCAGCGUGACUGCAUCAGCCUCAUCGCGUCUGAGAACUGCACGUCUGUGUCGGUGCUUGACGCUCUGGGCUCCGUUAUGUCCAAUAAGUACUCGGAGGGUUACCCUGGUCAGCGCUACUACGGCGGCAACCAGAUCAUCGACCAGGCCGAGGAGCUCUGCCGUGCUCGUGCCCUUGAGGCCUUCAAUCUGGACCCGGAGCAGUGGGGAGUCAACGUGCAGUCACUGUCCGGCUCGCCAGCCAACUUCCAGGUGUACACUGCACUUCUAGCGCCGCACGACCGCAUCAUGGCGCUGGAUCUGCCGCACGGUGGCCACCUGUCGCACGGCUACCAGCUCGGCCGCAAGAAGAUCUCGGCCACGUCCAUCUUCUUCGAGAGCAUGCCCUACCGUCUGGACGAGAGCACGGGACUCAUUGACUAUGACGGACUGGAGAAGACGGCUGCUCUGUUCCGCCCCAAGCUCAUUGUGGCAGGCACCAGCGCAUACUCGCGCUCCAUCGACUACGCGCGUAUGCGCGAGAUCUGUGACCAGCAGGACGCUGUGCUACUUGCUGACAUGGCUCACAUCAGUGGCCUGGUUGCUGCUGGCGUCGUGCCUUCGCCUUUUGAGUACGCGGACGUGGUGACCACCACGACGCACAAGUCGCUGCGUGGACCUCGUGGAGCCAUGAUCUUCUACCGUAAGGGAGUGCAGAGCGUCGACAAGAAGAGCGGCAAGGAAGUCAUGUACGACCUGCAGCAGAAGAUCGACUUUGCCGUGUUCCCCGGACUACAGGGCGGACCGCACAACCACACGAUCGCUGCACUGAGCACGGCGUUGCUGCAGGCGCAGAGCCCGGAGUUCAAGGCUUAUCAGUCGCAGGUGAUCGCCAACUCGCGUGCUAUGGUGGCUGAGCUCAUGAAGCGUGGAUACGAUGUGGUCUCCAACGGCACGGACAACCACUUGGCUCUGGUGGACGUGAAGAAGUCGCGUGGCGUCGAUGGUGCCCGCGUGGAGUUCGUGCUUGAGAGUGCCAACAUGGUGGUGAACAAGAACACAGUGCCCGGCGACAAGAGCGCGUUCGUGCCUGGUGGAAUUCGUCUCGGUGCGCCUGCACUGACCACGCGUGGCUGCACGGAGGAGAACUUCCAGCAGGUGGCUGCAUUCAUCGACGACGGUGUGAAGCUCACGGCUGAACUGAACGAGCGCGCUCGUGGCCAGGGUGUCAAGAAGGUGAAGGACUUCAAGGACUUCGUGGCGGACGACGCUGAGGCCCAGCAGAAGGUCGACGCGCUUAAGAGCGAAGUGACUGCGUUCGUGCGCCAGUUCCCGACCAUCGGCUUCAGCGAGGAGGACAUGAAGUACAAGAACUAAGAGUCCAAAGAAGAGACCUCAUUGCUGAUUGUAGUGAAUGAUAUGAUGACUUUGUUGCUUCAGUGCACUUUGUUCAUCAUCUCGUUCCGUCUGAACUCGUUGUCCUGACGCUCUCUGCGAAGAUGAUCAAGAAGACGACUUGAAAGACGAGGCGGUUCCUGCUCCCUGCUUUUGAAGCCGGCAACAUGGGCCUCCCUUUGAUUCCUUGCACGGGGCGAUCGGGGCGCUUUGGACGAAUCGAAAAUAGUGAACUUCAUCAAUCAAAUGCUCCUGAAAAUGUAUCAUUCUGACGUAGCUGCGAGGAACUGGGAUCAACUCGUCUUGAUACACUUCAACCAUAGAAUUGGUCAGCACAUUCGCUUUCCAGCUUGGGAGUGUUUCUUCCAUCAGCUAUUGUAAUAUCGCGCGGUAUUCAUUGUUGACAUGGGUAGCUUGAAUCUUGAUGUAGCCAUGUUGAAGCUCCCCCGG